UUCAGGCGACUGUCUGUAGACCGUAUCAGACUACGUUUCAAAAGGGAUGUCCGUCCUCUCUUAUGGUCAAUGUGCUCAAAGCGUGCAAGGAAAGAAAAAUUGAACAGGCCAUAGUUGGUCGUGGCUUUUUCCUCGUUUCCUCAGUUAUUCAUCUCAGGAUGAAAGACGUUAAGCAAAUGGUGGUCGGGUUUCUUUCUUUCGGAAUCUUCGUUUUGCUCAUCAAUAUGACCACCAAUCGACCACAGUUUGAUCCUGAGAGUCUUCCCCUCCCGAGUGUGAAUGAGUCCAGUACGGUUGGCGACGGUGUUGUGGUGAACAAAGUAAGUAGGGAGAAGCAGCGGCGAUUAUGGGGUGAGCCUGGACCUUUUCUCCAGCCCUGCUGGGAAGAGCGUUUGACGGUGCUGAAAGAGAGACCUUGGGGCUAUAUUGGUGUUGUACUUUCAAAUGGGCCACAGUACCAUCAUAUUCAGAUGGCUGAGGCUGUGGUGAUUGCAAAGUAUUUGGGAGCAACACUUUUGUUACCAACCAUCAAGAAUAGUGAGAAUGAACCUAAUGGGCAAUUCGACAACAUUUACCACACAGGAAACUUCAUCAAGAGCCUGCAAGGUGUUGUGCGAGUUGUUGGUCGUCUUCCUGAUGAUCUGAGUUCUGUUUCUCCAGCAGUGGUCAAUGUUCCUUAUGAAGCCACACCAAAUUUCAUUGAGGAGGACAUACGCCCUGCCUUGAAACGAAGUGCUGUUGUCAUUCUUGGGAAUUUUUUUGUCAGUAGAAACAAGAUGAAGGAAGAACCACUUCCUGAACUUGAGGCAUUGAGGUGUCUUGUUAUGUAUAAGGCCUUGCAGUUUCAGCCUUCUGUUGCCAGACUGGGAGAUCACAUUAUUAGCCGUUUGAGGGAAGCAGGUGGAAGUGCUGGUCGUCAUUUUGUAUGUAUUGACCUGUCGACCGAUGGCACCAUCCCUAAAAAUUGCAGCUCUAGCAGAGAAGCGUCUGAACUUCCAAAAAGUAGAAAAUGUGUUGACAUCACUGUCAUCGGAACAUUGUUGGUGAACUUUGGAUUUGAAGAUGAUACCGCAAUAUAUCUGACACAAUCCCGUCAUGAUCCCAACUUGGAACCCCUAACUAACAUAUUUAAGAAUGUGCACACAAAGGAGUACAGCAUGCCCUUCAAUGAAGAGAAACAGGUGCUUUACUCUGGAAGGACGCAGUUCGAGAAGGCAUUGGAUUACUACAUAUGUAGUCGAAGUGAUCUUUUUGUUCCAACAGUUUCAAACAUGUUUUAUUCAAAUGUAGCUGGAGAAAGAAUUCGUUUACAGAAUACCCAUAUGCUCGUUCCUUCCUUUCAAUGCAGAUCUACGAACUUUAGUACCUGCACCUCACGGUAUGUUACAGAAAAAGAUCAUUUUGUAUAUAAAUGUAUGUGCCCCGUCGAUGACAAGUCUUAGAACCGGGUUUUCUUGCAGCCUUUCUAUUGAAUGAGCUUUCAUGUCUUCUCUGCUUCUA